UGACCCACAGACUGUUAUGCAUGCUAGAUCUCAGUAGUGGAUUAGCAUUAACGUAGCCCGCAUCAUAUUCUGCUGAUCAGUCACAUACGCUAAUCUGUCCAGUAGCAUGUUUGUCUGCCGUUCCUGCAUACUCACUAGGAAGAAGCUACACAGGACAACUGGACUAUACCUAAUCGUCAGUCAUGAAUGGCACAGAGGGCCCCGAUUUCUACAUCCCCAUGUCCAACGCGACUGGGGUAGUGCGGAGUCCUCACGAGUAUCCGCAGUACUACCUGGCCGAGCCAUGGGUGUUCUCCUUCCUCACCAUCUACAUGUUCUUCCUCAUCAUUGUCGGUUUUCCCGUCAACUUAUUCACCCUCGUCGUCACGGUCCUGCACAAGAAUCUGCGCACGCCAAUCUACUACAUCCUGGUGAACAUAGCAGUGGUCGACCUUUUCGUAAUCGCGGUCAGCUUUCCUUUCACGAUGCACGCAGCCAUGCAUGGCUAUUUUGUCCGCGGACAGGUGGGAUGCAAUUUCGAAGGCUUCUUCGGAGGCCAUGGUAUCCUGACCACGUUGUGGUGCUUGGUAGUCCUGGCUGUGGAGAGGUGCAUGGUGUCCUUUCGACCCGGGAUGGACAUUCAUUCCCGCCGGCGGUUUGUCAUUAAGGGCGUCCGCUUCAUCUGGCUAAUGGCUUUCAGCUGGUCUUUGCCUCCUCUCUUUGAGUGGUCGCGUUACAUCCCGGAGGGUUUGCAGUGCUCAUGUGGUGUCGAUUACUACACCUUGAAGCCCGAGCUCUUCAACGAGUCCUUCAUCAACUACAUGUUCACCGUACACGUCGUCGUCCCGUUGACCGUCAUCUCGGUGUGCCUUGGCCGAUUACUCUGCGUCGUUAAUAGUGAUGCGCUGGACAAAACCGAACGAGAUGCCAACCGCGUGACGGUCGUCAUGACUCUGGGGUUCUUCGUCUGCUGGCUGCCUUACGUUAGCGCUGGCUGGCACAUCUUCUCAAACCAAGGCAGUGCCUUUAGUCCCUUGACCAUGACUCUGACCGCGUUCUUCGCCAAGAGUGCAGUGGUGCACGUUCCUCUUCUGUUCAUCGCCAUGGACAAGCCGCUCCGUCAAUGCAUGUUCAUCACGCUAUGCCAAAUAAAGAACCAUUUCGCAGACGACGACGGAGCCUCAAAGUCCGAGUCCUCGUCCGCCUCGGUGGCUCCUGCAUGAGCUAGUCGUCACACUGCCUGAGCAUUUCAAGAUUACCAGGAUUUUGUGGACACAUGGGCGACUCUUUGAAGUCGGAGUUAGUUCCACACCGUUACAGCUGCCUAAAACUCCACUCGGAGACAGAACGUUAUGUUCUUUUAUGUAUAUGAUCGUCGGCUCUCGCAGGACAGACGAGGGAGAAUGUCAUCCCGUCCAUGCUUUGACUGCAGCUCGUUAUGUUACAGAGGGGUUGUACCGAGUUAACCUCUUUUAAAUUUAUUGAUUGAUUGAUUUAUUUAUUUUUAGGAGAAAUGAAGAUUAGCAUAUUAAAGCUCUGAUCUAAAUGUGAUCUUACAAAACAAUAUAGAAAUGUGGAUUAGUGUUGUUGUCUAGUGUAUUAUUGUCUUGACCCCUUGAGUCCAUAAUCUGUUCCCAAGGUCAUUUUGCAUAAGGAGAUGACUCUAACCAGGACUAUCGGAUCAGUCCGGACCGAUCUGGGACGAGGAGCUAAAAUUAAAAUCCCAAGCUCCUUGAAAAGAUUGCUAAACUUUUGAACCAUUAAGUCGUUUCUCUGAGCUUCUAGUUUAGACCCGUGUUCGGUGGGAUCAUUGUUGUGCACUCGAUCAGUUUCUCUUCUAACUAGUUAACCGCUUGCUAUACCUUAAACCUAUUCUUUUUAACAAAAAAAAAAAACAAGUCAAAACAGAGCAUGGGACAAGAGGUGGACAAGAGUGACCAUAUUUAGUACUCGGACAUUUUACAGUUUGUAUCGAGUCCAAAUCUAGCAAUAGUUUGUUACAUUGAAACAAAGUCAGUCUGUGUAUCCAGCUGUGGCUUCUUAUCCAGCUGUGGCUUCUUUUGGGAGCUAUUUUCAUUGCUGGAUCAAAUAAAUAAAUAAAUAAAUAAAAAAAGUUGACCAUAUUGCAUCUGAAAUAUCAGUUACUCGAUAUUAAUUUCUUGUUUAUAGAACUGUUGUGUGUGUGUAUAUAUAUAUAUAAGAAGUAUCGCUCUCAGAACCAUGCUGUUGUACUGAAUAUCAUCUCGGACGUGAUUACCUGCGGCCUCGUGCCUACUGCCCAAUCACAGCCGUGCUAUUCUAGAAAAAUAAUAAACUUCCGCUCCGUAACAUCCGCCUGAUAUUCCCGAUAAAAUGUUUAGCUUCUGCUGCUUAAAACGACGAGAUACAACCGCUGCACCUGAAAAGCAUUUAAUCCUGAC